AUGGCGUACCGCGGGCAGGGACAGAAGGUGCAGAAGGUGAUGGUGCAGCCCAUCAACCUGAUCUUUCGCUACUUGCAGAACAGGUCCAGGAUCCAGGUGUGGCUCUAUGAGCAGGUGAACAUGCGGAUAGAAGGCUGCAUCAUUGGCUUUGAUGAAUACAUGAACCUGGUGCUGGAUGAUGCAGAGGAGAUUCACUCCAAAACGAAAUCCAGGAAGCAGCUGGGUCGGAUCAUGCUGAAGGGAGACAACAUCACCCUGUUACAAAGUGUUUCCAACUAG